AUGGCCUCGACUCUUGCGAGUAGUAGCAGUAGUAGUAGUAAUACCUACGUCGCCUUCCUCGAACAAGCCAAGCACGACUUCUGCAUGAGCAACGCACACCUCUCAGAGGAGGAGCUAAACCGCGCGUGGUUCCAGGCUGCCUGCCAACCGUCGCAACCCUCCAUGGCCCACCAGGUCCCACGGUCAAUGGCCUUCAACACGUCAAAUAUGACCCAGCUCCCAACAACUGGCUUCGAAUCAAUGGACCGGACUCGUUCUGCUCCCGUCAUGAACCGCUCAGACUCGGCCAUGACCGACAACCUACACCGCUCAAACACCACCUACUCUGACUGGCCUUCAAUGUCCCAAGAGUCCAACACCGACUACACGCUCUACUCUGACACUUCCAUGCGAAGACAGCCGACUCUCCAGUCGAUGCCAGAGACUGCUUACAACAGCAUCGCUGAGUACAGUGUUGGCGACUACGUCAGCAGCUGCAUCCAGCCAGACAACUCUUCUUCCCUCCCCACCCCCCAGCAUUCACAACAGUUGCAACUGACACCCAGCUUGCAGUGGAGUUCGUCUUCGGACGCCUCUUCACCCAGCACACCGUCAACCGCUCUGAUGACGCCUGUUACUCAAUCUAGUAACAUGAGUCGUCAGGGUAGUUACAACCCUCUGUUUUUUGAUAACAUUUCCAUGUCGCGUAAUCAGUCAACUUCUUCAUGUAUGCCCAUCCUCCCAGAGGAUGGGUCGUUUCCUUAUUCCUUUAACGUCGCAUCCAAGCCCAUCAGCGAGUCCGCUGAUGGUUCUCAUUUUCUCAACUUCACUGGCUCCUCCAGUGAAGCUUUCCUUUCUUCAUCUGUUCCUGCAAGUGCGCAUGCACUUGCGUCUUCCGACAACGAUCAGUCGUGCCUGGCGGAGGAUAUGCGGAGGUCGACUUCAGCUUCAUCAAGCGAGGGUUACUCGAGCGAGGUCUCUGCACCUUCAUCGACCAACUCUCGUCAAUCGCAACGCGAACGCGAGAUCAACGCGCAAGCUGCGUCUCGCAAGAUUGCCCCGAAGGCAAUCGACAACAAUGAUGCGACCGAGUCUGCGUCAUCAAAUGCUCAGAUGACAAGGAUAAGGUCUGAGGAUGGAUCCUCUAAGACUGUCGGUGUUCUGUCAAAGACACCGUACGUGCGUCCUCAACACCCAAAGAUCAAGUGUAAUUUCUGCAACGAGCGACCCGAUGGGUUCCGUGGCACACAUGAGCUUGACCGUCACAUUGCUCGCGCCCAUGCCUCUCGCAGGAAGGGCUACAUCUGCGUCGACUCUUCAGCCGACAAGAAGUUCCUCGCCAACUGUAAGCACUGCCGUAACAAGAAGGUGUACGGCGCGUACUACAACGCCGCUGCCCACCUUCGCCGUGCGCACUUCCAUCCCCGCAAGAGGGGCAGGAAGGGCAAGAACGACGAGAAGCGUGGUGGCAUCGGUGGCGGAGACCACCCUCCCAUGGAGUACCUCAAGCAAAACUGGAUCAAAGAGGUGGAGGUCGACAACAAGCCGACCCCUCAGUCGCCCGAAAGCGCUUCCGACAACGACGCGUCUGAACAGAUCGACAACACCUUCGACACUUCUGCGUACGAAGUCGACAACACCGCUGUUCCUGCUGCUGCCUACCCUCCGUCGCAACAGCCGCUUCCCAUGGCCAUGCCCAUGCAAGUACCCAUGAUGGACCAAGUCCCUAUUGACCCAAAUCAAUACAUGGACUACGGUAUGAACAUGCAUGCGAAUGAGCCCAUGGUGUUUGACAACAACACCUUCUUCGAUCCCAACCUCCCUGUCCCGACCGACAUGAGUAACUUCCAGUUCGACGCAUACAUGGGCCCUUGA